AUGGCCACCGGAGCACAGUCCUUCUACGAGCUGUACCGACGAAGCAGCAUUGGUCUUGCUUUGACAGACACACUUGAUGAUCUUAUUAGCGAAGAACGUAUUAACCCCCAGCUUGCCAUGAAGAUUCUGGGCAACUUCGAUCAAGCCAUCACCGAAGCGCUCCAGAAGAAUGUCAAGGCCCGUCUCCAGUUUAAGGGAAGCCUCGAUACAUACCGGUUUUGCGAUGAGGUUUGGACCUUCUUGAUCAAGAAUGUGACCUUCAAGAUGGACAGCGGAAGCCAGUCAAUCACCGCGAACAAGGUCAAGAUUGUCAGCUGCAACGCUAAGAAGCCUGGUGAAGGCCAAUAG